UGCCACGUCUCACAGCUCAGAUGGAGGGGUGGUGCCACCGUGUGUUUGUGUGUCUCCUCUCCCAUGCAGGCUUUGAAGGCUGCUCCAUGGUGCCCUCUAUCUACCCGCUGGAGACAUUACACAACUCGCUGUCCCUCAAGCAGGUGGACAAGUUCCUCAAUGCCGUGUGUGAGCAUAGCAGCGAUGCCCACGCCAAGACCAUGAAAGCUCUCUCUGCCCUGUUCGACACGUCAAGUCAGGGGUACAGCCAGACACACAUCUACCCCCACCCACCGAAAGCCCUGUCCUCCUCAGAAACUCCUGUCCGGUCCCCCGAAUGCCCACUUUGGUACAGCAGUGGCCCCUCUAGCACAGUGUUCAGUGGAAGGUCCUCUUCCCCCACCUCAGUGAACCCAGACAUACAUUUCAACUUCAGUGAGUAGACCACAGCCCCUCACCGGAUCCCACAGAGAAACUAGAGGACAACACAUCACCUGGAUCCACUCCCUAUUAAUCCAUCCACCCACCCAUCUGUCCACCCACCCAGCCAUUCAUCUGUCCACCCAUCUGUCCACCCACCCAGCCAUUCAUCUGUCCACCCAUCUGUCCACCCACCCAUCUAUUCAUCUGUCCACCCAUCUGUCCACCCACCCAGCCAUUCAUCCAUCCACACUGUGACUUCUACCCACCUGUGAGUGCUUUCAAACUAAUCACAGUCACAUACAGUGCUGGACCCUAAGGACCGCCAGUCUCAUUUUGUGGACGAAAACAAACCAAAACCCACUGGCCCCUCCCCUCAGGCGGAUGUGUGUCUAACCAACACUCUGCCCCAGUUGAGCGACAGCGAGGGGAGCCUAUCCCCAGGCUCCUUUGCAAUGUAUAGACGGACCUGAAGCUGGACGCAUCGCUGCAGUCUGUCCCAGAUUCAGACUGUGGCUGCUGAUUUAGACACGAUGGGAGAAACAGGAGCUGAUUAUUUCCAUGCUUCAUCCAAACCCUAUUCUAUAUGGAACUGCCCACACAAAAUGUGUCUGUGCAUUGAGUACCUCCUCUCUCUGAGGGAGGGAGGCAGGUUCUGCAUUUUCAGUCAUGGCUGACCAUAUUCUUUGGAACAGUUGAGCCAGUUGAUUAAAUACUUUCUCCAGUUUUGUUGGUGUUGUCCCUUUAUUUUGUGUAUACUGUUUGGGGUUUCCUUUAAAUGAUUUUGGGGGAAAGGGUACAAUACAAUGGGGAUACUAUUUCCUGUCAUUGUCUACACAGCAUUUUCAUACCACUUUGUCGCAAAAUAACAACUCAUUCUAUACACAUACUGGUUAUGUUUGAAGUGGAAAAUAUAUUCCAUAUACCUCCUUCAACCUACCAAACAUAUAAACACACGUGCCUCAACUCCCUUACAACGAGAAUCAGUGUUACUGAAUCUAUUUUUUUACAGUGUUUCAAGGGUAAACCACUCCAGAGGAAGUAGCUGACUGUCUUUUAGGCUACUUCCGUCUGGACUGGAUCCAGUCCUCAUACUGGUUUAAACAUGUCUGCUGUUUUGCCAUAGUUAAGUGUUUAAUAUGAAUUUAAACGAUUCUAUAUCAUAUGUUGUAAUGCAUAAUAUUUUGCCAUCUGUGUUGCACCUGAGAGGAUAAUAAACAUAUAUUGAAUAUGUAAUUAGGGCUAAAAAAAAAUAAAAAUAAAUGAGAUGGGAGGGAUCCGUUAAAUCGUUUUUACAAAACAUAUCGUUAUGAAUACAACUUCAUACAAAAUGUUUUUUUCUUUUUUUUUCUUGUACAGUGCCAUUACAUUCUUGGCAUAAUUCUCAGAAUUGUAAAUCUGAAACGUUUCAAUAGAUUAUGUAGAGAACAUGCUUGUCAUUGUGUUUUGUAGUUUGUACGUCGUCUUUUUGUUAUGUAGUCUUGUAUGCUAUCUCAAGGAUGCUCUCAACUGCACUAAUGCAGACCUACCGGAGCUGAAUCUGUACAACAAACCUUUCUUUGACUUUACUUCACGUUGCUUUUUUAUCCUGAUAGUAAGGAUUUAUUUAACGAUUGGUGUUUUUGUAGGUGAAAUUUAGGGCUGUAUUUGUGAUUUUACUUCAUGUGGCAUGUAAUGUCAGCCAAAUACAUUUUGAUGCUGUAUAGAAUCCUCUCCUUAGACUUUCAAAAUAGAAUACCAAGGUUGUUUUAUUAAAAGUCAUAUCGGC